AUGCAUGAGGCCUUGGUUCUGCUUAUCCUGAUAGAGGAGGGUUUCGCAUUGGCUCAGAAAACUCAAGCUUUGCCUCAGAAUGUAGCUGUUGAGGAUAAGAAACCUGCUCACUGCGGAACUAUGAUCCAGACGGCAAAUGGAGGAUCAUUCAGUUCUCCGAACUACCCCAACACUUACCCACCAAACAAGGAGUGCGUGUACAUACUGGAGGCCCAUCCACGGAAGAGAAUACAACUUGUCUUCGAUGACAUCUACUACAUCGAGCCGUCCUUUGAGUGCCGCUUUGAUAACGUUGAAAUCCGUGAUGGGCCGUUUGUUUUCUCUCCGUUGAUUAAUCGAUACUGCGGAGCAAAGAGUCCAGGAAUCGUCACCUCCUCCGGACGCUUCAUGUGGAUCAGGUUUACCAGCGAUGAGGAGCUGGAGGGUCUGGGCUUCAGGGUGGAGUAUUCAUAUACUGCAGAUCCUGACUUUCAUCUCCAUAUUGGGGGACUCUUGAAUCCCAUUCCAGACUGUCAGUUUGAAAUGUCUGGAUCAGAUGGUAUAAUCAGAUCUAGUCAAGUUGAGGAGGAAAAUAAGGUGAAAUCAGGGGAAGCACUGGAUUGUAUUUGGACCAUACGAGCUCCACCGAUGUCUAAGAUCUAUCUCCGCUUUCUGGACUAUCAGCUGGAGAACUCAAAUGAGUGUAAGAAGAACUUUGUUGCAAUCUAUGAAGGCAGUAAUGCCAUUGAAGACCUCAAGGCCAAGUACUGCAGCACCGUUGCCAACGACGUCACGCUUGACAACACUGUGGGAGUGGUCAGAAUGUGGGCCGACGAGAGCAGCAAAAUGAGCCGCUUCCGUCUGCUCUUCACGGUCUUUGCUGAACCUCCGUGUUUGGCCAACACAUUCUUCUGUCACAGUAACAUGUGCAUCAACAACACUCUGGUUUGUAACGGUGUUCAGAAUUGUAUGUUCCCCUGGGAUGAGAACAACUGUAAAGAAAAGAAGUCCAAAAGUUUCUUCCAACAUAUGAAUAAAACUCAUGGCACUGUGAUUGGAGUGGCGUCUGGCGUGGUCUUGCUUCUUCUCAUCAUAUCUGUAUUUAUACAAAUGAAGCAGCCAAGAAAAAAGGUUUUGAGCCGUAAAGGUUUGCAGGAGGUGCUGGAGCCUCCUCAGUACGAGCUGUUCUCCGUGAGGGAAGCGGAGCUGUCGGAGGAUCUGUCGGAGGAGCUGGAGAGUCUGCAGAAACUCCGCCGCUCCUCCAGCGUGUCCCGCUGCGUCCACGAGCAUCACUGUGGCGCUCCGAGCAGCGCUGCCUCCUAUGUCAUGGCAAGUAGAGUCCAUCGUCUCUCUCAGCCGUCUGAUGAGAUGAGUACGGUUGUUGGAGCCAGAGGCUGGGGUAGUUUCCAUGGACGCAGGAGCAGCUCACACUCGCACGCUUUCACGGACGACCCGCGAGCUCACGCUUACAGCGCGCAGAGUCUGCGAGAGGCACUUGAAAAUGAGGAGCUGGAGCUGGAGGGACGGGUGAUGGAGGAGAUCGGCUACAAUGAUUUAAUCACCCGUGGACACAACGUUGUGAUGGUACGGAACCAUGCCAACCCUGUCCAACACCGCUCCCUCUCUAUGGACUUCUGAGAGGAGCGGAAGUCAGCUGACACUUUAUUUGUCAUGUGAAAAAAUAAUAUCAUUCAUAGCUGUACGUUUACAUUUACCCACACCUUCUUUUUUAUUUUAUUUUUUUAAUAUUUUAUUUCAGUGAUUUUCUUCUCAUUCUCAGUACCUCCUUUGCCAUUCCUAUACUUGGUUUUAUGCCAAGUCCAGCAUUUUUUAUCGGUGUUAUUCUAAUUUCCCAAAGCAUAUUAUAUAAAAUAGACAUGUAGGUCUUAUUUUUUCAGUCCAUAUUUUUUGCAUAUAUUCAUAACCAGCAGGUCAUGUCUUUAUGUCACCAUAAGCCAGAAGAUUCUGUUACUAAUAAAUAAAUUUUGAUAGUUUAAUGCAAAGAAUUUUUCAC